AUGCGAAAACGUCUGAAGAUGCGCGUGCAAGGCGCGGACGGGGCGUGUCCAGCGCCGUUGCAAGGAUUUGAGGAACUGCACGAGAGGUACAAGUGCGGCCGGCGCCUGCUCGAGCGCAUGCGCGAGGCGAAUUUCAAAGAACCGACGCCGAUUCAGCGUCAAGCGGUGCCGAUCUUGUGCUCGGGGAGCGAAUUACUCGCCAUCGCGCCCACGGGGAGCGGUAAAACUCUGGCGUUUCUGUUGCCGAUUAUCAUGAAGCUCGGAACGCACGAAGAGGGCGGCGCGCGAGCGCUCUUGCUCGCGCCCACCAAGGAGCUCGCGGGGCAGUCGGCGCGAAUCUUACGCAUUCUCUCGCGAGGAGUCAGUGGGUUGAAGUCGUGUCUGUUGACGAAAGCGACGGCUGGGAACGAUUUUAGCAAGGUGGACAUCGUCGUCGCGACGCCGAUGCGACUCAAGAUUUUGUUGCAGCACGACAAGAUUGAUUUAUCCAAGGUGCUUUAUCUCGUGUUGGAUGAGGCGGAUAAACUCUUCGAGAUGGGUUUUGUCGAGCAGAUUGACGCCGUUGUCGCGGCGUGCGACAACAAAGACGUGACCCGCGCGUUGUUCAGCGCGACGCUGCCCGAAAAAGUAGAGGAACUCGCGCGAAGCGUCAUGGCGCGCCCGAUUCGGCUCACCGUGGGUGAGCGAAAUAGCGCGUCGAAUACGAUUUCACAGCGUAUGGUAUUUUGUGGGCACGAGGCGGGGAAGCUGUUGGCGUUACGUCAAAUCAUUCGCGAAGGCAUCAAGCCACCGGUUAUUAUUUUCACGCAGUCAAAGGAGCGAGCGAAGCAUCUCGCUAAAGAGCUCACGGGCGAUGGAUUACACAUCGGACUGAUUCACGCCGAAAUGUCAGAUUCUAAGCGCGAAGAGCAAGUCGAUCGAUUCCGCAUGGGCGAGACGUGGGUUCUUAUCGCGACGGAUUUAAUGGCGCGCGGGAUGGAUUUCGUCGGUGUCUCCACCGUCAUCAACUUUGAUUUUCCUGGUUCUCCCACGAGUUACAUCCAUCGCAUCGGUCGUAGUGGUCGCGCGGGUCGUCCUGGAGCUGCGAUUACGUUUUUCACCGAAGAAGACGCGCAAAGAGGAGACUUGAAACCGAUCGCCAACGUGAUGAAGAAUAGCGGCUGCGAAGUGCCAGAGUGGAUGUUGAAUCACACCGGCGAGAAGGGUUUGCGCCGUCGGAAGCGUAAAGACGGCAAAGAAGACAAUCCGCGACGUGCGCCUCUUGACAUGCCUAUGGGUGCGGACCCGAAAGUGUACGCGCCCGACAAGAAGAAGCGCAAGAAGACGCCGCGCAAGAAAAAUGACGACGAGGCGAUGCCGCCGCUACCGAAAAAGUGGAAAGGCAAGUCCAAGUCCAAGGAGAAAAAGGAAAAGGAAAAGAAGUGA